AUGCUCGCAUUUUCCUCCCUUAUAUCCUGGUACUCACCAAAUUUUACUCCCGAGAGACUGCGCGGCGUAGCGGCGGCGCCGCGAACUAGCGCGGCCGCUCAGCGUGGGGCUAGCGCCAGGCGCUUACGUUGGGGGCCGGGCGCCCUGUGCUACGCGUCAGGCGUGACCGCGUGGUCGCGGGGGGGCCCGGCGCCUGUGGCUGCCGUAGGCCGCCACAGUGUGCUGUUCUCGGCGCUUCAAGAAAUAUUUGGUAAAUUAGCGGACAAUGCAGAAAAAUAUUCAACAGGUGCAUCUAGCAACGUAAAUGAAAGUCUCAAUGCCACAAUGGCAAGCAAAGCUCCGAAAUCCAGGUGUACUACACACGGUACGUCUGCGUCUGCCGACUUUCGAUUUGCGUGUGCUGUUGGCCAAAAAAACAUCGGGGAAUGUUACACGCAAGAAAUAGCAAAGACUGUAAAUUUGUCGCCAGGUAGACAUCAUUCGCAACACGUUUCAAAAGUACAAAAGACUGCAAUAAAAAGACGAGCACUAAUAACAUCUGCUUUCAAAAAAAGACGAAUGGCUCUGAAGAAGUUGAGAACAGCCUUACGCUAUAGAAAAGAAAAUUCUGAGGGUGUUACAUAUGAGAGUAACUGUGCUUUACUCAGUGAACCAACAGUGGAACUCGAGAAACAUUAUGAAAUAGACGUGGAAGAAGAAGAUAUAAACGAUGAGAACGCCAUUAUUCUGCUGGAUUUGGAAACCUCGGGCUUAGAAAUGAAUUGCGACAUUUUACAGAUUGGUGCGAAAUAUAACAAAAACAGUUUUUCAAUUUAUAUUAAUCCCGUUAGAGAUAUUUCCGAGAAUGCUACUCGACCCAAUGGGCUUACAAAUAGCUAUGGAGAAUUGCUGUACCAUGGAACAAAAGUUCAAUCGGUACCUAUAAGAGCAGCCUUAUUAGGAUGCCUACAAGAUUGGUUGACGUCGCUUGGAAAACGGUGCUACAUUACUACCCACAAUCUCACCUUUGAUGGUCCCAGAUUGCUAAAAGCUAUCAGUAAAUAUGGUUUG